AGUGUUUUUAAGACUUACUGAACAUAGACACUAACAAUAGAAUAAUUAAAUAUCCAGCUGGUUAUAUCCACUGGUCACGGUUUGUAGCUUGAAAAUAUUUUAUUGAAGUCCUGUUUUUAAAGUGAGUGACUUGACUGAAGCAAGAAAGUGGUGUUUUCUUCUUGGUGGUUGGACUUUCAGGACUUUUUGUGUUUGGGUGGGGGUGCUUGUUUUCUGUUGCUUGCAUGCCCUCCGCCAUGCCUCCUCAGAACACGGAGGCUGACACUAUGCAGGUCGGAUCUCUAGUCGGCGAGAUUGUCGCCAAAAAACCCACGGCUUCGGGCCCAGAUGAAGAGAACGCGACGGCGAGCGGCGAGGCGGAUGGAUUGGGGAGCGGAGGAGGCGGUCGGGGAGGGGAGGAGUCGGCGAGCGAAGGAUCCAUCGAAGGGAUCCCCUUGAAGAGAUGGGUGAUGCACGGUGCUGUGAUGUUUGGCCGAGAGUUCUGCUACGCCAUGGAGACGGCGUUGGUGACACCUGUGCUGCUGCAGAUAGGUCUUCCAGAGCAGUACUACAGUCUGACGUGGUUCCUCAGUCCGGUUCUGGGCCUCAUGUUCACCCCUCUGAUCGGCUCGGCCAGCGACCGCUGCACUCUGCGCUGGGGCAGGAGGAGGCCGUUCAUCCUGGCUCUCUGCAUCGGAACGUUGCUCGGAGUGGCACUCUUUCUAAACGGGUCAUUAAUAGGUCUGUCAUUAGGUGACGAGCAGGGGAGACAACCAAUAGGAAUUGUUCUGACUGUGCUGGGUGUCGUGGUCCUGGACUUCUGUGCCGAUGCCACAGAAGGUCCAAUCAGAGCGUACCUGUUGGAUGUAGCUGAUACAGAAGAACAAGAUAUGGCGCUCAAUAUCCAUGCCGCCUCUGCAGGUCUCGGAGGUGCAGUCGGCUACGCUCUUGGAGGUUUGGACUGGACGCACACGUUCCUCGGAGCAGUGUUCAAGUCCCAGGAGCAGAUCUUGUUCAUCUUUGCUGCCAUCCUCUUCUCCAUCUCAGUGGUGCUCCAUCUUUUCAGCAUCGAGGAACAGCAAUACGCUCCACAGUCUGACAGGCUCGACCAGGAGAGUCCAAAUUCCACCCAUCUGCAACAAUCAGCCAAUGGCAGGACUGGACUUCUUGCCCCAAAGUUGGAAAUGAUCGGAGAAGAUGAUACCAUAGAAACCUACGACCUCUACGAUCCCUAUGGAGACAAUCAUUCAGAGCAUGGAGACAUGGACAUGGACUUCCUGGAGGUGGAGCUUGUGAGAAGUAAAAGUGACAGUGUUCUCGCCAUGGCCGACGCAACUCUCGACCACAUGGACCACGACAUGUUGUUCUUGUGCCACCUAGAGCCGUCCAUCUUUGCCGAACACAUCUCACCCUAUCACGGCACUCUCUCUAGGACCGGAUCCUUCUUCAACCCGAACCACAGCAGCUCCCGUCCCCGACUCACCAACAUCAGGCGCAGCAGCAGCACAGGAAGCGAAGACUUACUCCGCCCACACAGCGCCCACCAUCAAACACACAAUCCCAACCCCAGGAUUUCUCGCCUCUCGGCUUUCUUACAAGAGAUGGAGAACGAUGAUGGGCAGGAGGCUCUGCUGAACAAUCAGCUGAAUGAGCAGCGGACUCUGAAUGGGAGACUGUUAGCCAGUGUUCCUAAUGCCGACAGAGCGAGCUCGAACGGGCUGAGCUCUAAAGGACAGGCACACCGGGCUGGGAUGGUCAAAGCUGCCAGUACUGGAGCUCCCAUGCGCCAGCCACGCCACCGUCACACCUUCUACCGCCAGCCGUCAUGCACAUUCUCCUACUAUGGGCGAGUAGGCAGCCAUCGUUACCGCUACCGCCGAGCAAAUGCCGCUUUCCUCAUCAAGCCCUCUCGCAGCAUGAACGACCUGUAUGUAGUGGAGGCCCGACACAGGAGGAGGAACAGACUGAGAACCAGAAACCGCAGCGGGAAUACAAACUCCUCCAGCGGCGAUACAGAGAGCGAGGAGGGUGAAGUUGAGACCACCGUACGGCUGCUGUGGCUCUCCAUGCUGAAGAUGCCACCAGAGCUGCUGCGUCUUUGUGCCUGCCACCUUCUGACAUGGUUCUCCAUCAUCGCACAGGCCGUCUUCUUCACCGACUUCAUGGGACAAGUCAUCUUCCAUGGAGAUCCCACAGCUCUUACCAACUCGACAUCAUUGGAUAAUUAUCACAAAGGGGUUCAAAUGGGAUGUUGGGGGUUGGUUAUAUAUGCUAUGACCUCUGCUACGUGCUCAGCUAUACUUCAGAAGUAUCUUGACAACUUUGACCUGAGCAUUAAAGUUAUUUACAUACUGGGAACGCUCGGAUUCUCAAUAGGAACUGCUAUAAUGGCAAUUUUCCCUAACGUGUAUGUUGCCAUGGUAAUGAUCAGCAGCAUGGGCAUCAUCUGCAUGAGUAUCUCCUAUUGUCCUUACGCUCUGCUUGGACAGUAUCACGAAAUGAAAGAGUACGUUCAACACAGUCCUGGUAACUCCCGCAGAGGAUUUGGCAUUGACUGUGCCAUCCUAUCCUGUCAGGUGUACAUCAGUCAGAUACUGGUGGCUUCAGCUCUGGGUGCUGUAGUGAAGGCUGUUGGUAGCGUUCGUGUCAUUCCCAUGGUGGCUUCUGGGGGUUCCCUCCUUGGGUUUUUCACUGCCUGCUUCUUGGUCAUUUACCCGACUCCUAACAACGGGGAGAGGGACUCCAAAGCGUCAGAGAAACAGGCCUUGACAUCGCAGGAAAAUCCCAACAGCAACGAAGGGGCGGUUACCAUGGUGAUAGAGAAACCUAGCUUCCUGACGCUCACCAAGGAGGGCAAGACUGCCACCACCACCACUUCCUGUCAACUGGAAAUUGAGUCUUCUCUGUGA